UUCUUGAAACCCAAAAUUUCCCCUAUAAAUUCGCCUUUUGUUGGUUCACACACUCAAAAACCCUAAAACAAACAAAUCAAAAGUUCCUUUUUACUAUCCCAAAUCUCGCAACCAGCUUCCAUGGCUGAGCAACAGCAAGACCAACAGCAAUCAAGAUCCGCCGGCAAGGUCCUCUGGUUCGAUGACCAGAAAGGCUUCGGAUUUAUCCAUCCUGACGAUGGCGGCGAAGAUCUCUUCGUCCAUCAAUCGUCCAUCAAAUCUGACGGCUAUCGUAGCCUCGCCGAGGGCGAAUCUGUUGAGUUCACCGUUUCCCAAGGCAACAGUGGGAAAACUCAGGCUGUUGAUGUCACCGCGCUCGGUGGCUCUCAAAUCAUUAAGAAGGAUCGUCGCGGCGGCGGCGGCGGUUGGAGGAACGAUCGGAGGAACGGGAGCGGCGGGUGUUAUAAAUGUGGGGAUACGAAUCAUCUCGCCAGGGAUUGCAAUAACAACGCAGGCUCGUACGACAAUAACGAUAAUUACAAUAACGCUGGGUACGGCAGUGGCGGUGGGGGCUCUUGUUAUAAUUGUGGUGAGGCGGGGCAUUUUGCGAGGGAUUGUAGGAGGGAUGCUGGCGGAUCUUCCGGUGGUGGGGCUGGAAAGUGCUACAACUGUGGGAGAUUUGGGCACUUUGCCAGGGACUGCAAUAGAAACAGUGGCGGUGGUGGCGGCGGUGGCAGAGGCUGCUUUAACUGUGGAGGGUUUGGGCAUAUGGCGAGGGAUUGCAACAACAACAACAACAACAAUAACAAAGGAACUGAAUGCUUUAAAUGCGGCGAGGCAGGUCAUUUUGCAAGGGAGUGUCCAAACUUGAAGUCUUCAGCUUAAACUUGAAUGUCUGGGAAAGAAAGAGUAAUAGUAGAUAUUUCUCUUUUUCUAUGUUUUGGGGUUCUCUAUGGUUCUUAGAGGUUAUACAUAAGGAUGUUUUGGCUUAUCCAUCUCUUUUCUUUUUUUUUUAUGGGGGGAGAAUUUUUCCAAUUGUGAUACACAGUUGAGAUGGCUUGGAUUAAAAUUUAGAUUUUGUUGUUCUGGUUAUUUUGGAUUAUUAUCAGUGACUUCGGGUUAUUUCUCGAUUCCUUAUCUAUUUUCAAUUGUGAAUUACUGUUUCUAU